AUGUCCUCGCCCAUGGAAGACAACGUGCCACGGAGCCCUCUGUGCCAACAAGCUUUCGCUCUCGCCACAGAGACGUUUGCCUCCCGAGGUCAAGCGUUGCUCAAUCACUCUUUGAGAGUCUUCCUGUUUGCAAAAUGGCUGGCGGAGAAGGAAUCAAGCCCAUUGGUCCACGAUCCCCAUCAACUGGAUCUGCUGUUUGUGACGUGCAUCUGCCACGACUUUGGGGCCACGAAUGCGUACGAUGGCCACGAAAGAUUUGAGGUGUGCGGCGCUGACGCAGCUGUGCGAUUUCUGCAGUCGCAGCAGACGAGUGACGUGGAUUGCCACAAGGCCUGGACUGGAAUUGCGCUGCAUACCUCACCGGGCAUUGCGGAGCGUAUUGACCCUUUCACUCGGCUUGUCAGGCUCGGAGUCUUGAUCGACUUUAGGCAGAAGACCCGAGAUGAGUUUGACGCCAACGACUACUACGAGAAAGUGAUAAGUGAGAUUCCACGUCUGGAGAUUGAGAAGCAACUCGGCGACGCAGUUGUUGCUCAGGCACUGAAGCAAAGGGACAAAGCACCACCAGCAUCAUGGGCAGGAGUCUUGCUGCGCUCGCAUCUGGAAGAUCCUACUUGGUCAGGUGUGAACAAAGCAUUCUGA